CUUUUCUUAUCCACACAUUCUAUACGGUGCACCUGGCGUUGUUUCCAUGCUUUUGACUCUCUUGAGCCCCUAGCACCUAUCAGUGGGCGUCGGCCUUUCAAUCAGCUGAUACGACAAGCAAUCCGCUUUGUGUAACCUCAAAGCAGCGACGUCUUCACCUCACGCCAACCUCUGAAACCUCUUAAUUCCACUUUCCAGCCUUCGAACCGAGAGGAAACUCGAAUCUGCAGGUGUUGUACCUGUCCUAGGCACAAUGGCAUCGCAAGUGGGAGAUGGUCUCUGUUCAGAUCCUUCUGAAAUCAUCAAAACCAGUCUUCCCGAUGUGCCCAGCGAUCUCGCCUUGAACCGCUACAACAUCCCCACCACCUACACCACGCUCCAAGAUGUUCUCGAUAACGCUCGGGCAUCAGAACAUUCUCAAACCCCUCGUAGUACACGACACGAUUCUCAUCAGCCUCUAUUCAACACAGACGAGCUCGAUGACUUCGAACAAUCCAGUGAGGCUAUCGUGCAGAACGGGGAGAGUACAAGCACUAGCUAUGAAGACGACGGGUCACACCUCGAGAUAAACUUCAAAGGGCUGAGUACGGACAGUACAGACUCGUCAAUUCCUCCUGAUACCCCCAGGAGAGGUAGAACAAGACAACAUACCCCCAACUCAGGCGAAUUUAUACAAGUGGACGGAUCAUGUCUCUCUAGAAACGUCAUGACAAACGGCAUCCAAAACGUUCUCGACAACCUCACACCAACAGGCUGCUCCGGAAGCGAAUCCUCAGACUCAGAGAACUCACCAUGUGGACACAAGCGCAAGAAGCUAAGGCCCUCGCGCAAACACCUGCAAUCAGACUCCACCAAAGUCAUCACACCCGCCGUUCAAGACGUCCUCGACAACCUUACUACCGACGGCUGUUCCGGGAGCGAUUACUGGGAGUCCGAGGACGAAGACUUCCAUCUCGUGCGCAAGCCGCUUAGAGACACGAACCAGACCCACACCUUGCAAAACACAGAAGCAUCCCAAUCCUACCCCUCCAUGCCCCCCGAACCCGAGCUCAAACCCCUCGCCUUCGACCACUCCUCCAUCCCCUCCUACCCCCUCGACGGCACCGUAAAGCGCCACGUCCGCGCGCGCACUUACCCCCUCCGCAUCCAUCCCGACCACCAACUCACCGCCGCAGACCACGAGAACCAAAACCAGAACCAGAGCCAGAAGACCACCACCCAGCACACCGCCCGCCGCUUCACCAGCUUCGACAACCUCCCCGCGCCCAAGAUCCCCCCACACCCCCCCAAGCCCACCGCCCGUAUUCAACUCCACCGGCACCCCAGCUCCCAAGUCCACCCGGCCCUGCUCCCCCUACCCCACCGCCCGAGCAAUCCCCCACCCCUCCUCAACCCGCAACAAGACGCCUUCUACCACGCCCUCAAAUCCAAGCUGUGGGCCCUGGCGCGCGAGCUCGAGACGCUGGCGCCGGACGACGAGCGGAAAAGCGAGGUGCCCGAAGCGCCGAGCCCAGACCUCGACGACGACGAAGUCAGCGUCGUGUUCAAGCUCGAUCGCGAGGAGGAGGAGGCGGAGCGCGAAGCCGCCAGUGACGGGGACGUGGAUACGAAUACCUCGAACUCUGGGUCUGGUUCGGAUGAAGAAGGGUAUGAGGAUGAGGACACGAAUUCGGAGAACACGAUCCGCCACCCCACGCUCUCGGCGACAGGGAAGCACAAGACGGGGACGCGGCGGCGGAUAUCGCGCCCGCGGGCUGACGUGCACGAGCCGAGCGAUGCGGGGACGGCGAGCGACUCGCUCUGCGGGUCAGAUGUCGAUGAGCUGGUCAACUGGGUGCGCGCGAAGCCGGCGCUGGAGUGUCUGCAGCGGCGGCGGAGCGAGGGGCGGGGACGGCAGCGGGCGAGGGAGCGCGCGGCGUCGUUGCGGGAGAGGUGGUUGAGGGCGGGGCCUGAUUGAAGCAGUAUCCGAUUACGGGACGACAAUGCGAGUGAAUAGCAGAGUGAAUCAGCGCGAGAGGGCUGGAGAUUCGGAAUGGCUUCAGGCGAAGUAGUAGUGCCUACACGCUUGGAGUAAUGGGUUGAAACAUCAUUACCAUUGCCGCGUUUUGUAUGCAGCGGAUACACAUGCUAUGAAUACCUCGAUAGUCGUAAUGGGUCAUUACCAGCAGUUCCCCUGCCCGCUAGAAGCCGAAGUUCCAGAAUCGUGAAAGGAGAGAAUGCAGCAGAACGCUGACGAAGAGGCUGA